AUGUACAAAAAGCAUUUUAUGAAUCGGGCUAAUUGCUGUUUUCAUUCAGGUUCAUAUCCUCGCCUCUCCCUGAGCUUCAAGCUGAAGAGAAACAUUGGCUACUUCAUUCUGCAGACCUACAUGCCUUCCAUCCUAAUCACCAUCCUGUCCUGGGUAUCCUUCUGGAUCAACUAUGAUGCCUCGGCUGCCAGAGUUGCUUUAGGUAUCACCACUGUGCUGACCAUGACCACCAUCAACACACAUUUGCGGGAGACGCUUCCAAAGAUCCCGUAUGUCAAAGCCAUUGACAUGUACCUGAUGGGCUGUUUCGUCUUCGUCUUCCUGGCUCUGCUGGAGUACGCGCUGGUCAACUACAUCUUCUUCGGCAGAGGACCGCAGCGGCAGAAGAGAGCUGCAGAGAAAGCCUCCACAGCCAACAAUGAAAGGAUGAGAAUGGAUCCCAACAAAAUGGACCCCCAUGAAAACAUCCUUCUCAGUCCUCUGGAGAUCAAGAAUGAAAUGGGCACAUCAGAGUUGACCCUGGGUUUGGGUGACCCGCGUGCAACCAUGCUAGCCUUCGACAGCACCUCGCUGCAGUAUCGCAAACCCGGCCUGGCCAGACACAACUUUGGACGCAAUGUGCUGGAACGCCACGUGGCUCAGAAGAAGAGCCGACUACGGCGGCGCACUUCACAGCUUAAAAUCACCAUCCCUGACUUAACUGACGUCAAUUCAAUCGACAAGUGGUCGAGAAUGAUCUUCCCCACCGUGUUUUCCUUCUUCAACGUCGUCUAUUGGCUUUAUUAUAUCAACUAGCUGGAUUCUCAGCCGUCUGAGAAGCGCCACUUAUUUUUAUGUCCGUAUACUCUUCCGUGUGAUUUUGCAAUACAAGCAGGACUUACGUUGACAAAUUCAAAUCAGGACUAAUUCUCUUUGACCUUAGGUUCACCUUAAUUUCUGGCUGACGCUGAUACUCUAAAGAGGUUAAGAACAAAUGGUGCCUGCUCCAAAAAUCAAUCGUUUUC